AUGCAUUUGCACUUAUUAUUGGGUAUAAUAGCUUCACAUAAAAAUGUAAAACAUCUUUGAAGUUUUGCUUGGAAUUUAGGAUUUUCUAAAUUUUAUAAUAUUUUUGAUGCUUUGAAAUCGUUUGCUAAUACCAAAGCAGCACGGCAUGAAAAUCAUUUUAUUGAUAUAAUCUUGCAAAUUUCUUAUAAAUAUCUAAAAGAGUGAUUAAAAAUUGGGACUCUUGAUAGCAUCAUUACCAUCAUCAUUUAUUAG